GAACACAGCAAUUACAGUCCAACCAAACAAUUCAGCUUUGAGGUCACAAAAUGACAAACAAAACUUAUUAUUUUGCUACUUUGACAUCAAACAGGUUUUUUUUUCUUUUACUGUCACAAAAAGAGGUUGGGAUAUUCACUAUUCAGCUUUGCUUUCGAAAUCAACAGGGAAUUGUUGAAACUCAGCCAUAAAUAAUUUAACCCCCCCCCGACAAUAGUGAUUGAUGAAUGAGCUCCUGGUGAAAUACUACAAUUUGACCAGUGGGCGGCGGUAGAGCGCCGUGUCAUUGUUUAGGAAAAUGCAAAAAGAAAACAGGCUUUGUAUUAGUUGCUGACGUUACCUUGCGCGUGCUGUUGAGCAAUUAUGAGCGAUUCGGAAGGAGAAACGCGAGCGGCGUGACACAUCGACGACAUCAUGGCUGAGUGGCGAGGUCGGCGUCGGUCGCACGGGGAAUAGCGGCCCACUGAUUUAUUUUCCGGUCCCCCUCCGUCCCAUCUUCAUCAGUUCGAAGGAAAAGAAGCAAAGCUCAAGAUGCUGAAGACGAGCCACUACAUGGAGCUGGGCAGCUACACGUCAUGGCCUGUGCUCUUACCGCAGAAGAUAAGACUAUACACCUUUGAGCAACUCCCCAUGUACCUCAGAGAGAACCCCUACAUCACGGACGGCUAUCGGGCCCACCUGCCCUCCAAACUCUGCCUCAGGAGUAUUUUCAUUCUGUCCAAUGAGACUGUGAACAUUUGGAGCCACCUGCUGGGCUUCCUUCUCUUCUUCUCCCUGUCGGUCAAUGACUGCGUGAGGGUGUUGCCAGCUUCUGGAGCCGGCAGAGGGGACUACAUCAUCUAUGCCAUCGGACUGUUUUGCUUCCAGGUGUGCAUGUUGUGUUCCGUCGGCUAUCAUCUGUUCCUGUGCCACCGAUCGGAGAAGACGAGUCGUCGCUGGCUGGCGCUGGACUACGCGGGCAUUUCCGUCGGCAUCCUGGGUUGUUACGUGCCUGGCAUCUAUUAUUCCUUUUAUUGCAAUCCUUUUUGGCGUCAGGUCUACUCGCUGACGGUGCUGUGCAUGAUCCUGUUAGUCUUCGGCGCUCAGUUCCACCCACGGUACAUGACCGCUGAGUGGCGCUGCCUAAGGGUGUCCAUCUUCUUCGGCAUCGCCGUUAUCGGUGUGGUUCCGACGUGCCAUUGGGUGUUGCUCAAUGGGGGGCUAACGUGCGACGUCGUGAAGAUGUUCCUCCCCCGCCUGAUUGUCAUGUACCUCAUCGGUGCGGCCGCUUUCGUGUUCUACAUUACCAAGAUGCCCGAGCGCUGCUUCCCCGGCCACGUGAACUACGUUGGCGCCAGCCAUCAGGUGUGGCAUGUUUUGGUGGUUGCCAUGCUUUACUGGUGGCAUCAGACCGCAGUGGACAUCAUGCAGUUCCGGCACAGCCAGCCCUGCAAAUAAUGCACUUUGGUAGAGUCGAACAGCCAGUCGCUUUUCAUUAAUGUUGAAAAACGUUUACAUUUGUUCAAAACAAACAAGCACGUCAACGAGAGCCAAUACGUGCCAGUAGCAAGUCGAUUAAGACGACUGCAAUCGCCAGUACAGUGGAACCUCAAUUUAACCGACAGAUUUAAUCGAUAUCAGCUGUAACGGACAAAAAAUUAUGUCCAAAAAUGUGCGUCGUUUGUCAGGUAAUUCCAGAAUCACCCAUUGUUGUUUACGGGUGUUGGAAAACAGUCACUAGGCAGGACCGGGGCACACAUUUCUGCUGCUCGUGUCAGUGCUGUAGCAAAUAUAGAGUUGCAAAACUAGGUCCGGCUAGCUGACGUGCCUACGUGGUGCCAAAGUGGAAUGUGGCAAUGUUUUAGUCUGUUAAAUUGAAGUUUGCCAAAAAAAAAAAGAAAAGAGCCUUUUAUUGAACAAAGCAGCACUGUCGACAACACGGUGCGUGUCACGGCCUAAAGUGUUCAAAAAUAUUUGCUGUAGGUAGGUGGGUAUUAGCAUGUUAUUUAUUUAGCAUGACACAAUUUGUGUUAAGAAACAGGAAACCUGAAACGUGACGGAUGUACUGGAUGCCAACAGGCAACAAACUGCAUUGCUCUAAUAAUCAUAUAUUUGGCUGUUAGGUAUUUUAAGAUUUCCAACAAAUAUUAAAUGAUAAUCAUUGCCAUUUCUAUUCCCUUAUAUGAUUAUGGAGUCCGAUAUUUAUUGUAAUGUGAAAUGCAAACUUGUAGCAAAGCACUACAAUUGCACGGGGCUCUGAAGAGAAUAUUUACUUGAUUAAAUCAAAUAGCGGGCGCUACCUCAGCAUUGCUUGUGGUUAACAAUUAGAUAUUUUUUGGCAUGUUUGCAUCGUUAGUAGUUGAAAAAGCUUGGGGAAAUCAUGAUCCAUGCUGAAUUUGUGAGUUUUUGUCACAAAAAAAUGACCGUAAUUUCCAGCCUACAAGCCGCGACUUUUUUCACACACUUUGCGGUUUAUGCGGUGAUGCUGCUUUAGCGUUAGCAUGGUGCUAGCGUUAGCACGGCGCUAGCGUUAAAUUUUCCGUGUACCGAAGCUUAUAACCAGGUGUGCUCUGUCGGCCAGGAAUUACGGUAACAAUCUCCAUCCAUUAUGGUAACGCGCACUGUAUCGGUAAAAGUAGAAAAGUGGCACAAUGUAAACGUGAUGAAAUGUUAUGUAUUUGAAUAAGAAAACUUAAGUAUUUGAGGGUUGAAAACGAGCUAGCACUGGGGUUGUUUUUCAUCCAUUUGUGACUCAUGCCAUAUUAUAUACCGUACGUUCUAAUCUUCAAACUUAAAAAUUCAACAAGAUCAAAUGUCUCCCCCAUGUUAAAACCAAACUAUGCAUGACAUCUAUUUUUAUAUACUUGUGUUGGAGUGUUUGCAUGUUUUUGGCUCAUUGGGUGAUUAAAUGGCUCUUUUUUUUAUGAGUCCUGUUUUACAGGACAAAUUAAGUCGGCCAUCUUUGUAGGAAAGUAUCUUCAAAUGUGUGUUUAAUGUGUGAAUUGGGCCUUUGUGACGUGUUCAGGGAAGCUUGAAAGGUGUUUGUUGUGGCAUUAUAUUCAUUGUUAUACAGCUCAACUUUUUUUUUUUUUUUUUUUGUCUUGUACCAGAACAAACGUAUACAGUACAUGCACUGACUUGAUUUUUGCACCACGAGGCCACGGUCGCUGUCUUUUUAUCUUUUCAUUUUUAUUCCGACAUGCUGUUACUUGAUGCAAUGUUGCCUUUUGUAGUUCUUACUUUGGACUUCUCAUCAAUCGUCUUUGUAUUUGUAUCACACACAAGCAGGUGAACUGACCGUAAGUGUUCAAAGUGACAUUACAUCAGGGCCCAAGUGAAAAGAAAUCUGUUGAAUGAAUAAAGAAUGCUGGGAUCUAUUUUUUUUUUUAUCAAGUCUGUAAUGUUCCAACUUUUUAAAUAACUAAGAUGUUAAGUAACAUUCUCACAAAGGGUAUUGAGUUUAUUUUUACCUUGAACAAUAGAGGGCGGUGUUAACGC